GCACGGCGCUCACACCUCUUGGCAGGGCGCUGACUGACUGCGCCGACGUAGUAGUUUUGUCACAUAACUGUUACGUUAGCGGGCGAUGGGGUCGUUACUUCCCGACGCCUUUUAAUGUAUGUGGAGCGGGCCCAGGACCGGAUCAGGCUGACACUGUCGCAUUUUGGCGUGGCCUGUGGUCAGAGCCCGUAAACCACAGCGAGGGCCCUUGGAUAGAAGUUGUGGCGAGCCAGAGUGCAAGUGUUACGCCUAUGGACCCCGUCACCAUAACGCCUGAAGACGUGGCUGAGGCGGUCCGUAGGGCCCCGAACUGGAAAAGUCCGGGGCUCGACGGGCUGCAUCAUUACUGGCUGAAGGGGUUCGUAGUGUGUCACGCUAUGCUCGCCCGACAAUAUCAAGAGGCUCUCAAUCAGAAGUCGCUCCCGAGCCUCUUCACAACUGGGAUGACUCACUUGGUUCCUAAAGAUCAGGAUACCACAGACCCGGAGCAAAUACCGCCCCAUCACGUGUCUAUCCACUAUAUAUAA